AUGGGUACAGGCCAGAGCAGAUAUGCCAACGCUGAGCUGAACACCACCGUGUCCUGGUCCACCACGUCCUGGACCUUGACCCUGAUCCUCUUCCUGACCGUCUCAUGUCUCAUUCAAGCCAUCCGCAAUCGCUUCCGUCCCUCCCUGCGCAGGAUCCCGGGACCCUUUCUCGCAAGAAUCGCCGACCUUGACCGGGUAUGGAGCUGCGCACGCGGGGAACAGAUGAACUACCACCGCCGGCUCCACGACAAGUACGGCCCUGUAGUGCGUGUGGGACCAAACCACGUCUCCUUCUCAGACGGUAGCCUGAUCCCCCAGCUCUAUGGGUUCGGCAGCAAGUUUGCGAAAAGUGAUUUCUACAAGAUGUUUGAUAUUCGCACCAGAGCAGCAGCGAGCAAGGGCUCGACGAUGACGACAACGACCUUCUCUGAGCGCGACGAGCUGCGCCACCGCGCCUUGAAGAGACCCGUCGGCGCCGCCUUCUCGAUGAGCACGAUGAAGGAGCUCGAGCCCCUGAACGACGUCUGCUCCGCCAUCCUGACUCGGAAGCUCGAGGGCUUGGUCGGCCGGGACACAGACCUCGGCGACUGGGUGCACUGGUACGCCUGGGAUGUCAUCUCCUCCAUCACCUUCUCGCACCGGCUCGGGUUCCUGGACCGGGAGACGGACAUCCACGGCAUCAACCGCGCCAUCCAGGGGCGGCUGGUGUAUAACAGCGUGAUCGGGCAGGUUCCGUAUCUGCACGGUCUGCUUUUUGGAAACGCCUUGUUCAGCUGGCUUGCUGGGUUUGUGCCGCGGCUUGCGGUUCUGAACUCGUCGAGCUACAUUGUGGAUUUUACGAGGGAACAGUUGCGGCGGUAUCAGGACAAGGAGAGCAAUACGGUCGAGGCGAAGGAUCUUCUUUCGCGGUUCAAGCGGUUCAGGGAUGGGGAGCAGGUUAUGAGCGACGCGGAGUUGCUCAUGCAUGCUUCUGGCAGCGUCUUUGCUGGCAGCGAUACCACGGCCAUCUCCCUGCGGGCUCUGUUCUACUAUCUCUGUCGGAACCCCGAUUCCAAACGAAAACUCUUGGCAGAGAUCGACGAGGCAGAAACCGCAGGUAGACUAUCAGACCCGGUCACGUUCGCCGAGGCUCUGGAGCUUGAAUAUCUUCAAGCCAUCAUCAAGGAAGCUCUCCGUAUACACCCAGCAGUCGGGCUUCUCCUUGAGCGGAUCGUUCCUCCAGGAGGAACACAGCUGGGCGAUGUCUGGCUCGAAGAGGGUACCGUGGUAGGUAUUAACCCGUGGGUCGCCACUCGAGAGAAAGCUGUGUACGGGGAGGAUGCGGACACCUUCCGGCCUGAGAGGUGGCUUGAGGCUGGGGAGAAGGAGUUGAAGCUGAUGGAGCGGAACUUCUUGGCCUUGUUCAUUCAGUUUGGCGGUGGAAGCAGGACUUGCCUGGGCAAGAAUGUGUCUCUGCUGGAGAUUUCCAAGUUGGUGCCGCAGCUCCUUCGGCAGUUUGACUUUGAACUCUCUUAUCCUGAAAGGGAGUGGGAACUCUAUGACUAUUGGUUUGUCGCUCAGAAGGGGCUGAUUUGCAGAGUGUCUCGCCGACAGAAAGAGGGAUCGGUCUGA